GGGCCCACCUGGGCUACCAAGAGUGCCAGCCUCGCCCCGCACAGCAGAGCUGCUGGUGGCCCUUGUUCUGCUUGCGUUCGGCCUCGCAGCCAUGGAGGGACCCCGGGAGCUUCUAAGUGGGAAGUUCCAGCUCUGUUUCACCCCCGCUGCCGGAACCAGCCUCCUGAUGCUCCGGCUGAACGACGCGGCUCUGCGGGCACUGCAGGAGUGUCGGCGGCAACAGGUUCGGCCAGUGAUCGCUUUCCAAGGCAACCGAGGGUAUCUGAGGUUCCCAGGCCCUGGCUGGUCCUGCCUCUUCUCCUUCACAGUGUCCCAGUGUGGCCAGGAUGGCCCUGGAGGUGGCUUGGACCUUGUGUGCCAACGCUUAGGCAGAUCUGGGCCUAACCACCUCCACUGCCUGGGCCCACUCAGGGAGCGCCUCACUAUUUGGGCUGCCAUGGAUUCUAUCCCAGCCCCAUCUUCAGUUCGGAGACACAUUCUGACUGACAGUACCAGAGAUCCUGACAGCUGGCAGAACAUAGGAGACUAUUCUGAAGAAGACACAGUUUCACAGCCACAGAUGGCACUACAAGAGGUGUCAGAUCCAUUGGCAAGCAGCCAAGGACAGUCACUCCCAGGAUCCUCAAAGGAACACAUGGCACAUUGGGAAGUGAGAAACCAGACCCAUCUUCCAAACAGAAAACCUGAUCAGGCACUGCCUUCCUCUGAGAGCCAGAAACAUUUGGAUAAGAAGCGUCCAGCACCUGCAACCAGUAUAGGACUAAAAGAAAAGAGGCUCAGACCUCUCCCUUUAGCUCCAAGUCCCCUACAAGUGCUGCCCAGUCAGGACCUACAAGAGGGAGAAGAUUGGGAGCAAGAAGAUAAAGAUGAAGACAUUGGCCCCAGGCUAGAACACAGUCCCUCAGUUCAAGCAGAUUCUGAAUCCCCAAGCCCUGAAGAGGUACCAGAUUAUCUCCUGCAAUACAGGGCCAUCCACAGUGCAGAGCAGCAACAUGCUUAUGAGCAGGACUUUGAGACCGAUUAUACUGAAUACCGCAUCCUACAUGCUCGUGUUGGGGCUGCAAGCCAAAGGUUCAUAGAGCUGGGAGCUGAGAUCAAGAGAGUUCAGCGAGGAACUCCAGAAUACAAGAUGCUGGAAGAAAAAAUAGUCCAGGAAUAUAAAAAGUUCAGGAAGCGGUACCCAGGUUAUAGGGAAGAAAAGCGUCGCUGUGAGUACCUGCAUCAGAAAUUAUCCCACAUUAAAGGUCUCAUCCUGGAGUUUGAGGAAAAGAACAGGGGCAGCUGAAACUGUCAGAGGGCUCUUUACCCUCUCUCUGCUCAGAGAGAGAUGAAGGAACAAAACAGCUAUAAACUACACAGAGUGCAACUGUCUGCUCUUCUUAUUGCUGAGUCCAUGGUGGCAAGUACGAGAGUUCUUCUAGAUUCUUGAAGGUCUUCCAUUGUUGCUGUAUUUUACUUUUUAGAGUUUGGGCACAGUCCCAAGACUCCAACAGCUAGGCCCAGAUGACUAGGAAGAGUAGUAGAGGCUUGGCUUCUUCAUCUUUAGUUCAGCCAAGUCAUGUUCAAAUCCUGAAAAAUGACACCAUUUCCAAGACAAGUUACCUUGAGAACAUUAAAAUUGUGCACUGGUAGCCUCCCUAAAGAAACAGUAAUGAGAACUUUUGAUAACAAAGCUAAAAUAACUUGUGAUACAUCUGGAUAUAAUGGGAAAGGGCUUGGUUAUUCCCCUAUGUACUGAAAGUGAAUUCUUUUACAAACAUGGCUGAAAAAUGAAAA